GCUUUGAAGCUCUUGACGAGCUAUCAAAACAUUGGCUUGUGUUACGACAACAGUCAAGUAUCCCGUCGCCAAAAUGUUUGACUACACCAACCUGCACGAAGUCUUCGCGGAGGGUCUUGCCAACCCGUACGAUCGUGAGACCCAGCGAGACAUUGAACAUUCGCGCAAGACAUUUGAUGGCGCUCUUUUCAUUGAUCGAGUCCUACGGGCCGUGGGCAUAACAAAGGCUAAGAUCUACCCUCCCAAGACCGACAAUGCGUUGAAGCAAUUGCAUCAGCAAAUCUGUGAAGCCAUCAUGUCGACGCAUCACAAGUUCUCGAUCUUCUACUACAUCCUCCUCGAUUUCGACCAAACAUCAGGCCGCGAGAGCGUCUCUGAUGCAUUCGUGGAUGCGUCAGGUAUACCCAAGAAGUACCAGAUCUUCAUGAAGGGCUUGUGGUAUCUGGAUCGUCAGGAAUUCUCGCGAGCGCUCGAGUACAUUUCGCAUCCCUCUCUUAUUCCCGACUUUGCCGACGAUAUUAUGACCGUGCUCGUCCACUCUGCUCAGGAUCGCGAUUACAGCAUUGCGCUGUCAUAUUUCUACGCCGUGCAGCCAGUUCUCAAGACCUCAGCCGCACUCGAGCUUCUUUUCGGUGCAAUGGCGAACACCAACAUCUCAGAAGCGCUGUUCUACUCCCGAACGCACCCUCCCCAUACUCGCGAGUUGCUCUUCCGUCAAUUGAUCGCCUCUGUAUUGGAUAGCCCCCACGACGAGCUUUCCGAGCGCGCCAGCCAACUCACCUUUUUGCCUUUCGACAAAUCUGAGGAGGCCUGGUUCGAGGAGUAUCUGCUCCAUGGCAACGGAAAGACGCAUAAGAAGGCAAAAGAUACGCUUGUCAUGCGCAAGAUUGCCUGCGAUCAGUUCUCUGAUGUGACAAAGAUCCGACAUGGUGGUCAAUGGUCUGGAAUUCUGGAAGGAAUCAAGGGUGGAAUUAAUGGACAUGCUGAAUAAAGAGCUAUUGACAUGGGUGUUCGCAUUCUCGAUAGUCGUGCAUAGCGUAGGCGUUUACUUGGUCAUUUUUGUCAUUUAGAACGUUCGAGACUUAGUAUAAAGCUGAGUCCAGCCUAAACCUGAUGAUAUACUCGUAGUGAGAAUAUGGUAAUAAUAACUCCUGAAUCGUGCUAGCAUUGCCAUGAUUUAUUACUAUUGCCUAUCAUAUGAACGUUUUCAGAAGACAAG